UUAAUCCUCGCUGAGCGCUGAUGAUACCACGUCUGUACUUGCUACUAGUGAGAUGUACAUUUCAGUGAAGAAACGUCACGUUUCCCAGUGUUCUUCUGCAAGGGGAAUAUCGGGGACACUCGGAGCAAGUUAAGUCAGAAAUCUGCUGGCAGUUCAAAUAUCGUCUCUUGUUUUCUUAUUUUUGGGAUUCUAUAUCACAUCUCACAAAUAAUGCGCCUCUCCUUCAUCCUCGUGGUUGUUGCUGCUUUCAACUUUACAGUGUCUACGCCCGUCGAUGAUGAACCAUCCCGUGGUCACAAGUACUCCUACCAACCUGACCGCCGCCAGGAGGCUUGAAAUGCCAAGCAGUAGAAUAUGACCUCACCCAACUCAAUCAUAUAUCCACCAAUAGCAACUACUAGAUUCAUCUCAUUAUCGUUGAAGGGUGCAUCUAAAACGGCCGCCGGCGGGAACGGCAGACUGAUGGGGGCAUGCCUCCCAUUGGCAGGGCAUUCGUGCACCUGUGACUCCCACGUAUUGCCUCUAAUUAGAUGUGAUUAUAAAUAUGGCUAGUAAAAUGACAGACUUACAGCGCUUCCAAGCCUCCUUCAAUAUCUCUUGGAUAAAGCGUGACUUAUUGCAA